AUGGCGCCCACCCUGGCCACUGCCCAUCGGCGCCGCUGGUGGAUGGCCUGCACCGCCGUGUUGGAAAACCUCCUCUUCUCGGCAGUCCUCCUGGGCUGGGGCUCGCUGCUCAUCAUGCUCAAGUCGGAGGGCUUUUACUCCUACCUAUGUACUGAGCCAGAGAAUGUCACCAACGGCACAGUUGGGGGCACAGCGGAGCCGGAGCACGAGGAGGUGAGCCGGAUGAAUGGCUGGCUCAGCUGCAAGGCCCAGGAUGAGAUGCUAAACUUGGCCUUCACCGUGGGUUCCUUCCUGCUCAGUGCCAUCACCCUGCCUCUGGGCAUCGUCAUGGACAAGUAUGGCCCAAGGAAGCUCAGGCUGCUGGGCAGUGCCUGCUUUGCUGUCUCCUGCUUGCUGAUUGCAUAUGGAGCCAGUAACCCAAACUCCCUCUCUGUGCUCAUCUUCAUCGCUCUGGCUCUGAACGGCUUUGGUGGGAUGUGCAUGACGUUCACCUCAUUAACACUGCCCAAUAUGUUUGGUGACCUUCGGUCCACAUUUAUUGCCUUGAUGAUUGGAUCCUAUGCCUCCUCAGCAGUCACCUUCCCAGGAGUCAAGGUCAUCUAUGACUUUGGAGCCUCCUUCAUUGUCAUCCUCGUGGUCUGGGCCGGCUGCUCUGGGCUGGUUUUCCUCAACUGCUUCUUUAACUGGCCCCUGGAGCCCUUCCCGGGACCUGAGGACAUGGACUACACGGUGAAGAUCAAGUUCAGCUGGCUGGGCUUUGACCACAAGAUCACGGGGAAGCAGUUCUACAAACAGGUGACCACGGUGGGGCGCCGCCUCAGCGUGGGCAGCUCCAUGCGGAGCGCCAAGGAGCAGGCGGCCCUGCAGGAGGGCCACAAGCUGUGUCUGUCCACCGUCGACCUGGAGGUCAAGUGCCAGCCUGACGCCACAGCGGCCCCCUCGUUCAUGCACAGUGUGUUCAGCCCCAUCCUGCUGCUCAGCCUGGUCACCAUGUGCGUCACGCAGCUGCGCCUCAUCUUCUAUAUGGGCGCCAUGAACAACAUCCUCCAGUUCCUGGUCAGCGGUGACCAAGAUGUAGUUGGCCUCUACACCUCCAUCUUUGGUGUGCUACAGCUGCUCUGCCUGCUGACAGCCCCUGUCAUUGGCUACAUCAUGGACUGGAGGCUGAAGGAGUGUGAAGACGCCUCUGAGGAGCCCGAGGAGAAAGACGCCAACCAAGGCGAGAAGAAACAGAAGCGGGACCGGCAGAUCCAGAAGAUCACCAAUGCUACGCGGGCCUUUGCCUUCACAAACCUGCUGCUCGUGGGCUUUGGGGUGACCUGCCUCAUUCCCAACCUGCCUCUACAGAUUCUCUCCUUCAUCCUGCACACGAUCGUACGAGGAUUCAUCCACUCUGCCGUCGGGGGCCUGUAUGCUGCCGUGUACCCCUCCACGCAGUUUGGCAGCCUCACAGGCCUGCAGUCCCUGAUCAGUGCACUCUUUGCUCUCCUGCAGCAGCCCCUGUUUCUGGCUAUGAUGGGUCCCCUCCAAGGAGACCCUCUGUGGGUGAAUGUGGGGCUGCUUGUCCUGAGCAUGCUGGGCUUCUGCCUCCCCCUCUACCUCAUCUGCUACCGGCGCCAGCUGGAGAGGCAGCUGCAGCAGAAGAGGGAGGACGACAAGCUUUUCCUCAAGCUCAACGGCUCAUCCAACCGGGAGGCUUUUGUGUAGCCCCUGCCACCUUGGAACUGUGGCCUCCCGCCCUUGCUUCAUGACUCACCAAUGUCCUCCUCCUCACCCUAGAGGACCUCCAUGCACCCCCAGGAUCCUCUCCUUCACCGUGUUGGAGUCCACACUCCUUCUCAGGCCCUGGUUCUGCCUCGGAGCCCUGCGGUGGAAGGACGGGUGAGGGCCCGGACAGGUGAUGUUCCCACUGCCGGAAGCAGAGGCACCCUGGACGUUGCUCUCCACCUUCGAGGGGCCCUGGAGCAUGGGCUCCAGGAGGAGCCAGGAGGACCCCGGCAGGCAGGCUCUCUCCCCUAAGUGUCUGGAUUCUGCCUCUUGCCAAAGUAGAGGGGCCUGCCAUCCACUGCCCACCACCUGCCCCUCGGCUGCAUGUCCACCGACCACGCCUGCCUGAGGACAAAGGCUUGCACUGUCUGCACCCCCUCGCCUGGCCCCUCACCUCCUCCCCUGGCCAGUCUGAGCUGCCUGAGGAAGGAAGGACCCGCUUCCUGUUGGUGCUAACUCCUUUGUGAUUCCAGCCCCCUGUGGCCUGUCCGUGGCCUGUCCUCCUGUUCGAGGCCUGUGGAGAAACUCCACUGGCUUAAAGCCUGGAGAGGGGAUGGAGGGCUGGAAGGUCUCAUGUGGCUCAGGAGCCGGGGACAACGCCGAGCAGCAGCCUCUUCCCUCCUCCCUCAGGGCCUGAUCUGGGAGCACGAAGCCACUGCUGUCCUCUGUCAAGUCUGUGACCUGAAGGGAAUUUGAGGGGCACCAGCAGGGCACACAUGCGCGUGCGCACGCACACACACG